UGCUUCACAAAUAUGGGAAAUCUUACCGAACACCAGAGGAUUCACACUGGAGAGAAGCCAUUUCGAUGUUCAGAAUGUGACAAGUGCUUUGCACAAAAGGAAAGGCUUGCUGUUCACCAAAAACGUCAUACUGAAGAGAAACAAUUUAAAUGUUCAGAAUGUGACAAGUGCUUCACAACUAAGGGAAAUCUGACUGGUCACCAGAGGACCCAUACUGGAGAGAAGUUAUUUAGCUGUGCAAAAUGUGACAAAUGCUUCACAGCUAAGGGAAGUCUUAAUCGGCACCAGAGGACUCAUACUGGAGAGAAACCAUUUAAAUGCUCAGAAUGUGACAAGUGCUUCACAACUAAGGGAAAUCUGACUGGUCACCAGAGGACCCAUACUGGAGAGAAGUUAUUUAGCUGUGCAAAAUGUGACAAAUGCUUCACAGCUAAGGGAAGUCUUAAUCGGCACCAGAGGACUCAUACUGGAGAGAAACCAUUUAAAUGUUCAGAAUGUAAAAAGUGCUUCACAACUCAGGGAAGUCUUACUGACCAUCAGAUGAUACACACAGGAGAUAAGCUAUUUCAAUGUUCAGAAUGUGACAAGUGCUUCAUUCAAAAGGGAAAUCUUACUCUGCACCAGAGGACUCAUACUGGAGAGAAACCAUUUAAAUGCUCAGAAUGUGAAAAGUGCUUCACAACUAAGGGAAGUCUUACUGACCACCAGAUGAUACACACUGGAGAGAAGCUAUUUCGAUGUUUAGAAUGUGACAAGUGCUUCACACGAAUGGCUAGUAUUACUGUUCACCGGAGGAUUCACACUGGAGAGAAACAGUUUAAAUGUUCAGAAUGUGAUAAGAGCUUUAGAACAAAGAUACAUCUCACUCUACACCAGAGGAUUCACACAGGGGAGAAGCCAUUUCUUUGUUCAGAAUGUGACAAGUGCUUCACAACUAAGGGACAUCUUACUAGUCACCAGAUGACUCACACUGGAGAGAAACAAUUUAAAUGCUCAGAAUGUGACAAGUGCUUCACAACUAAGGGACAUCUUACUAAACACCAGAGGACUCACACUGGAGAGAAGCCAUUUCGAUGUUCAGAAUGUGAUAAGAGCUUCACAACUAAGAGACAUCUUACUGAACACCAGAGGACUCACACUGGGGAGAAGCCAUUUCCUUGUUCAGAAUGUGACAAGUGCUUCACAACUAAGGACAGUCUUACUAAACACCAGAGGAAUCACACUGGAGAGAAACAAUUUAAAUGCUCAGAAUGUGAAAAGUGCUUCACAUUUAAGGGACAUCUUUCUAAACACCAGAUGAUACACACUGGAGAGAAGCUAUUUCGAUGUUCAGAAUGUGACAAGUGCUUCACACAAAAGGGAAAUCUUACUGAUCACCAAAGGAUCCACAAGGGAGAGAAACCAUAUAGAUGUUCAGAAUGUGACAUGUGCUUCAUGCGAAAGAGAAGUCUUACUGAACACCAGAGGAUUCACACUGGAGAGAAGCCAUGUCGAUGUUCAGAAUGUGACAAGUGCUUCACAACUAAGAGGAAUCUUACUGUUCACCAGAGGAUUCACACUGGAGAGAAACAAUAUAAAUGCUCAGAAUGUGAAAAGUGCUUCUCAGUUAAGGCAAAUCUUACUAAGCACCUGAGGAUUCACGCUGCAGAGAAGCUAUUUCGAUGUUCAGAAUGUGACAAGUGUUUCAACCAAAAGCAAACUCUUACUCAGCACCAGAGAAUUCACACAGGAGAGAAAUCAUAUAGAUGUUCAGAAUGUGACAAGGGCUUCUCACGAAAUAAAUAUCUUACUGUUCACCAGAGGAUCCACACAGGAGAGAAACCAUAUUGA